AUGGAGGAUAAGAAGAAGAGGAAAGGAGAAGGGGAAUGGAGAAGACGAUGGAGUGUCGGAGUGUGUCGGGGUGAGCAAAAAGGGAACGAAUGGGGCAAUGGUACCGGCAAAGGGCGAAUAUCAAGCGACUGUUGGAGCUUGAUUAGAGUCUUAGUCUUUCUGUGUAUUAACAAGUGCUGUCCCAAUGUUUUGCAAGAUGUUAUUGCGAAGGGCAUGUACCGUACGUUAAAGAAAUGGUGUCCAAACUGACUUUACAAA